AAAAAAAAAAUUUUUUUUUUUUCAUUAUAAUGGUAGCAAUGGAUGGAAAAAAAGUUACAGUUACUUAUACUGAUGAAUUCGGUAUUUGGCAACAUCUCGAAAUGGACUUUCGACAACACCUUCCUCUACGAAAUUUACGUUGGCAGUCAGCUAAAGGUCCUGUGCGUAACAUACCAAAUUUGGGUGUGGAAUUAAAACGUUUUAUCACGGAGACAACGGAAAGGUCUCACAUGUUGCCUGAAACUUUACCAUACCUUAAUUUAUACUUUGUUAAUUGUGAUGAUAAUGAAACAUAUCGUCAAAUAGUUAAGAAUCAAAUUCGUGACUGGUUAAAUAUUGCUGAAUCUAGACGAAAUCAAGAAUGGUUAAUUGUUUAUGUAACUAAACAAGAAAAUUUUCGAAAUCCUGCUAGAUAUUUUAAUAUGAAAGGAACUGUUUUUGAUAAGAUUAAAGCGGAUUUUAAUAUUACAAAGCGUGAUAGAUGUGUACAACUAAGAUUGUCUGAAAAUGAAACUGAAGAUUAUGAAGCAUGGCAAGAAUUAAUAUCUAAAAUAAAAGAAGGAAUAUUAUAUAGUUUUGAUCAAUACGUUAAACAAUAUGAAGAAGAUAUUCGAAAAUCGGAUUCUCAAAGAAGCAUGAUUGGAUGGAAUUAUUGUACAUUUUUUAUAUUAAAGGAAGGAUUGGCUUUGACCUUUGAAAUUAUGAAUAUAUUUGAGGAUGCUUUAGUUCAAUAUGAUGAAUUAGAAGCAUCAUUUUUUCAAGUUUUAAAAGAUAGGGCACUUGCCUGGUUUGGCAGCUUUGGUGCUACAGAUCCAAAUGAUGAUAGCGCUAAUAUUUUAGACGUUAAAAAGAAACAAUAUAGAGAUCUUAUAAUGCAAAAUACAAUUCCUGAAUUUGAUUUCAGAUGUUAUCUUUUCGCAAGACAAUGUCAAUUAUUGGGAAGAUUACAUAAGCCUGUUGAAAUAUGUCGGAGAGCACAAAUCUUCAUUUCAACCUUUAGUAGGGCAAUCAAAGAGCAUCAAGCAAACGUAGGAGAAUAUUUUUUAGAAUCGUGGAUCUUUUCUUCUUGCAUGAGCGUUGUCAAUGAAUGUGAAGAACUGGCACCGUUGACUUCAAUGGAUAGUCCUAAUACAAUCGCAUUCAAUGCUGCUAAAGGAGAGUUAUUAGAUUUAGCAAGAAAGCAGCUUGAUAAGAUUGGGAUUUACUAUAAUCAUUUACCAGCUUCGCUUCCAUUUACAACAUCUCUAAGUGAUACGAUUCCAACCUCACCUAAUGAAGCUAGAAAAAAAUUCGAUAUUACUAAUAAGGAAUUAGAAGAAGCAAUUAAUUCACAGAAUGAUUUCGAUGUUCUUUAUUUAUCAUUGACAAACAGAGCACUAAGAGCUUAUGAAGGUAGUGCACGUCUUCGAAGUGUAUUACGAUUACAAGGCGAUGUUGCCGCAUUACAUUUUCAUCGUAAGCAAUAUGAAGAUGCGGUACAAGUGAUGGAAGAUAUUCCAUGGAGAUAUGGUGAACAAGGAUGGACUGUAGUUGAAAACAAUCUUUUAUUUAAAUUUGCUGCAUGCCAAAAAGAAUUGGGUCAAAAUAGGAGUUAUGUGGGAUCAUGUUUGUCAUUAUUAAAAAAUUACUCUUUAUUGACAAAUGAAGAAAUUGCUUUUUAUGCAGAUGAAGUUAAAAAGCUUUGUGGCGUACUUGAAAAAGGCGAAGAAAUUAAUCGUCAAUUCAAGCCAAUAUUUGCUAUAUCAGUGUCAUCUAUUGUUGAUGAUAUAGGGGAUGAGGAUGGACCAAAUUUAUCAGUUGAAUUAACUAAUAAUUUAUCUACAUCUUUUACUUUUGAUCAACUUGCGAUUCGAUUGGUUAGUGGACAGAGUGAAGAGAUUUGGUUUGGUGUUUGUAAGGAGGAAAUCAAACCUGGUUUGAAUUCUUAUAAGCUUUAUUCCGAUAACAGUGCAUCUGGAAAUUACUUUGUAGAGAAUGUACGAAUGUCAAUAGGCAAAGUAACAUUUACUCACAAUUUCUUGAAUGAGAGUAAAAAGAAAUCAUUUAGAAUUAAUGAACACCCGUCAGUAUUAAGAGCACAAAUCAUUCCUCCAUGUGAAAUUCAUAUUGGUGAAUCACAAUAUUUUCUGGUUCGAAUUUUUACUGGUCUUUCGCAUGUAGAUGAGGGUAUUUUGGCUUUGGAAGCGACAUCUGAUGGACUUUCAUUUCCAAAAUCCGAUAAAUAUCAUUCGAUCACCAAAACCGUUAUUGAUGAGAAAAUAUCGGAAGAAAAAGUAUCAGAACAGGAUUUAGAAGUAUUUGAAGAUGGUAAAAUAAGGAUACCUUCUUCUCAAUCAAAUCAAUUAAUAGAAUUUCAGGUUCCAUAUGAUUGUAAUUGGGGAGCAAUUGAACAUAAGGUUAAGAUAUCAGUAGAAUAUAAAAGUAAAGGAAAGUUAAGAGUCUUCACAUCUGUUGAUACUAUCAACGUUUGGUUACCUAUUUCUGUUAAUGAACUUAAUAUUUUUAGAGAUGAUUGUUUAUUUUUAAAAAUGGAUAUUACAUUACAAGGGACGGUUCCAGUAAGAAUCCUAAAAACUGACUUAGUUCCUUCAAAAGUAUAUGAUGUAGCUGAUAAUCCAUCCUUAACUUUACCAUCUUUGAAUUUAUUCGGAAAGCAACAUGCAUCAUACGUGUAUAAAUUGACAAGGUCAAAAGAUUAUCAUGGAGAGGAAAAGUCAGCAGGUACUCAAAUUCAUUUUGUAGUAGUGUACCGAUCACUACAAGAUGAAAUUGAGAAAUAUGUGGAGCAUACCUUGAAUACUAUUUUAAAGUCAAGAAAUUUAUUUCAACAUUCUCAAUUUCUUAUUGAGAAUGCCAAGGAACAUUUAUUAAAAUCAGUAGAUUAUGUUUCAUAUGGUAUGACGGACGUUUUGGAUUUAGGUGAAUUAGAUAUAGCACAAUGUGAGAGCCUUUUUACAACUCAUGGUGCUGCUAAAGAAGCAUUAGUUGAUGUAGUUAAGGAAUUUUGGAAGACAAGUAAUCAAAUAUCUGAAGAAGAAAUAAUGUUGAUUAGCAAUGAUUUAAAAUCUUCAAUAUCAUUUCCUGUAAAUGUACCAUCAUCUAAGGUACUUAAUACGGUCGAAUUGAUUAUAUCUAAAUCACAUGAUUUUAUUGUUGGAGAGCCAUGUCAUUGUCGCCUUAUAGUUCGACAUUCGUCAUACUGGAAUCAUGUAUCCACGGAUGCUAAAGAUACAUUCGAGUUUUUCUAUGAUGUUCAUGUCGAUUUUGAUAAUUGGCUAUUAGCAGGACAUAAAAAAUUAUGUUUUACAUCAAAGGUUGGGGAAACAAAAGAAUUUCCUAUUACACUUGUACCUUUAAAAACUGGGCAUCUUCUUGUUCCUUUCGUAAGAGUUGCAAGUCUUAAUUCCCAUAUUUUUUCUGAAACUGUUUACUUAAACAAUGCUGAACAAAUUCUUGUUCGUCCUCGUACACAAUCUGCAACAUUCUUUAUUGAACAACAACACCGUAUUCACUCAAUUCACUCAGGAGCAGGAUUUGGAGGUCCUGGUCAUCAUCAUAAUGAAGGAAUGGAGAAUGUUGAAUUUUAAACUACCAUUUAUUGUAAUGAAUAUGACUGAUCUUGGAUUACUAAUUAUUUGUUAUAUAUUUAAAACUUUGAUAUUAAUAGAAGGGUAAAAGAUAGUAAAUUAAUAAUUCUUAAAAAUUGGUAGAUCUUUAGCAUGUCUUUUAUUAUAUAAGUAUAGAAUUUACAUAAUGUACUUUCAAUUUUAAUUAUUAAUAGUUAAAUAUUAAAUGAAAAUUAAUAUUUGUAAAUUUAAAUUUGAUAUUAUUAAA